UAAUUUACUUUUAAAUUUUUUAACAACUUAUGGUAAUUAGUUUUAGUAUUUAUACUUUAUUGUAUAUACUAAGUGUAUACAAUAUAAAUUUUUUAAUAAUUUAUUUUUUAAUUUUGAGGAAUAUUUAUUUAUGGUUUUUGCAAUAUCAAGACAUGGUUGUUGAAAUUGAUAAAUUGAUUGAAGAAGUAUUUAACUUAAAUAUGAUUGUAGAGAAAGUGGUUUUUGAAAGUAAUCAUGUACAAAGCUUACUGAAGGUUUCAAACAAGCGUGUUAGUACAUAUUCCAUUGCAGAAAAACAUUCUAAGAAAGAGAUUAAAAGUCUUCAGGAAAUGGUAACCAAGUUUCAAAAUAUGUUAGCAGAUUAUACCAGCAUAAAAAAUGAAGCAGUGUUUUUGAAAGAAGUUGUUAAAGAAUUAAAAGAAAAAGAUUUUCAACUUCAUCAGAUUCUACAAGAAAAUAAUGAAAAGUUUGUUUCCCAAAUAUCAAAUUUAAAAGAAAAGCAUAAAAAUGAAAUUGAAAAUAUUAAAAUAGAAGCUGAGCAGUUGUCACGCAAUGAAAUGUCUGCUCAUGAGUCUAGAUUAAAGUGCUUAAAUGAACAAAUUAACAAAAUCACAAAAGAGCUUGCUGAUAAAGAAAAAAUAAAUCAACAUAAUAUGGAAAAAGUAACAUUAGAGUAUGAAAUGAAAAUGAGUUCUCUUCAGCAACGUCAUUUUGUACAUAUAAACACUUCUUCUGUUUCUAAUCAAUCUAGAAAUGAUAUUUUCCGAAAGAAAAUGGAGCACCUGCAAACUGAAAUGUUAAAAGAAACAGAAGAUUUAAAGAGUAAAAAUAGUGAAUUGCAACAAAGACUUGUUGAUGCACAGCAUCAACUAAAAGUGCAGAGUAAACAAUUUCAAGACCAGAGUAAGCAGUACCAAGAUCAAAUUAAACAGUAUCAAGAUCAGGUGCGUCAACAAGAUAAACUAUUGCGACAAUAUCAAGUUGAAAUAAGACGCUUUCAAAACGAACUGAAAAUUGAGGCAGAAAAAAACGAAGCUCUGCAGAAAACACUUGAUAACCAACAACAUUUUAUAAACGAGUCUAAAGAAAGUAUACCGAAACGUAAAAAGACUAUUUUUAAUCCAAAAAAUAAUCGUUUGGAUGAAUUAUAAAUAAAAAUUUUA